AUGCUCUUUGUGGACGAGUCCGCACAGCAAGACGGCUGGGAGGCCUUUCCCACGCAGCAGCUGACGUCGGACAGUUACGCUGCUGAGCUUAUUCGUAGUCAGAAGAAGGCAGCAGCUGCCUCAGUGGCGCCUGCAGCGCCAACUGCACCGUCGGGCGCCUCCAGGGCCGGCGCCGCUGCAGCCUCAGCUCCAACGCAAGGACAGGGCUUGGGCAGCUUUGGUCUCAAUUUAGCCCUUAGCGGCCUGGGUCGGGGCCUAGGCAGUCUGGGCUUCGGCACUUCCACCGGUGCGGAUGGCGGCGGUAAUCUCAACACGUUGGAGGACUUGCACGAUAUCAUGACUUCUGACCCGCUGGGAACAGCGAAUAUGUCGCAACGGCGGCGGCACAGCGACGGGAGCUCCGGGGGCUUCGGCGCAUUCCACGAAGGCGACGAUUGGCCGGUACCGUCCGCACCACCGGUGCUGGAGCGCCGCAGCCAGGACGAAGCAUCUUCGGCCUUCGCAGCAGGUGGCAGCAGAGGUACAGACCCGAGCGGCUCCGGCGCUGCCUCUGCCGAUGCGUUACGGCACCAGCACCAGCGCGGCGCAGACGCGGCCUGGGACCCCCUGGGGAGUACCGCUGUAGUGCCCGCUUUUGGCGGUGGCGGCGGCGGCGGCAGUGGCGGAGUGCUCUCGCUGGAGCCGCCGCUGUGGCUGCCGGACAGCCACGCAACCGAGUGUCUGAGCUGCCACAUGCCCUUCCGACCGUUCACGCGCCUGCGCCACCACUGCCGCCUGUGCGGCAAAAUUUUCUGCAGCGCUUGUUGCCACAAGAAAGCGCUGCUCCCACCGAAAUAUGGGGUUAGGACCCCUCAGCGUGACUCCCCUGACGCCAUCAGCCUGCGCGCCUGGCUGAACAGCCCGUGGACCUCCAAUCUGGGGGAGGACAUAUUCAAGGCGGCAAACAUGCUGACCACCUUUGUAAAGGCGAUUCGCCUGCGGCCCGAGGCAGGACUGCCGACGGCUGCGCUCCAGGGAGUCGAGGGGCUGGCAUUGCUGACUGUGGCACGACUGGGCGCCGGCUGGUCGUUCUCCUUCGGCACCGGCUUGGUUGUGGCCCGUACCCCCGGCGGCUGGUCGGCCCCCUGCGCCAUCUCCGCCGCCGGAAUGGGCUGGGGUCUCCAGCUGGGUGGCGAGCUGGCGGAUGUGGUGCUGGUGCUGCGCAGCCGGGAGGCGCUGGCGGGGCUGUGCGGCGGUCUGGGUGCCGGGGUGGUGGUGGGCGGCGCUGCGGCCCUGGCUGUGGGCCCCGUGGGUCGGCAUGCGGACGCGUCCCUGGUGCUCAACACUACCGGUACGGCGGCGGCCUAUGGCUACAGCCGCAGUAAAGGCGCCUUUGUGGGGCUGUCCGUGGAGAGCACGUUGUUGUGCGUCCGGAGGCAGGUGAACUUGGACUUCUACGGCUAUCCAGUAACGCCCCGGCAGUUGCUGCUGGAGACUGCAGUGCCGCCACCGCCCGCUGCCGCUAUGCUGUACGAGGGAAUAAAGGCCCUCCUGCACCGUUUCGAGUGCCGCCGGCGCUUGGUACAUAAUCGCCAUAGCGGGUCCCUCCAGCGCCAGCACCAACACCAACAUCAACAGGGUGCUGCGAUACAUGCAUCGUCAGCAGUGCAGCACCAGCAGCUGCUGGCCCUACCGGCCACUUCGCCCGCGCCUGCCCUGGCCGAUUACCAGCCCGCAACUUCGUCAGGAGGCUCGGCCGCUUACUUGCCCUCUUUUGUGGUCACCGAGUGCGACCGCACGCCCGCGCGCCCGGCGAUUGUAAUCUAG